CAUCCUCGGUUAUUUGCGCGAUCGCAUCCUUAUUUGAGUAUUUACAAAGUCGGAAUCCUGUCGCCAACAUUUCAAUCCCUUGGACACACUUUCGCAGCUCCAAUCGCCUGUUAGACAGCCUCGAGGCUGCACAUCAAUAACCAUGCCUAUCAUGACGACUCGCGAUCGUCAGGCCUACAGGGCCGACGAAACCAAAGACCAUACGCUAUUAUCAGAGAAGGAGAGGCAAAGGAUGCUCAAUUCUUAUCUCCCUAAACCUAACGAUCCUCCGCCUACUCUAGGCUCAAGCUCUCAAUCACAGCGACGGUCGCGGUUAGGACUUCGUCGCUUCAUCCUGAACCAAAUCCACGUCCUCAUCUUUGCUAUUAUGCAUGGGAUCUUCUCUCUUUAUAUAAAGAUACGCCAGACCUGGAACGUGGUGGGCUACCAGAUUUCAUCCGUUGUCAAAUAUCAUCACGGCACACCGCAAUACAUCAAGAAGGACCUGGUUGGCUUGACGAAAAAGCCGAAGCAUCUCAGUGUUAUUCUAAAGCUCGAGGAGAACCAUCGCACAAAGGCCGAUGUUGAACGACUCCUUGACGAGGUAGCCGAGAUUGCGACAUGGUGCGCCUGCGCCGAGAUUCCGAUGCUCUCUGUGUAUGAGAAGACAGGAAUUCUCAAGAAGCACAUGCCCCGAGUCUACGAUGCUGUUAACCAAAAAUUCGCGUUCUACUUCGGCCCCGAGCAUCCUGGUCUUAGUGUCACAUCACCUCAUAAGGAGGACCUCCCAGCACCCUUUGGUGAGAAGCCCAAGGAGCAUCUGCGUCUGCACCUAAUCUCUGAGCAAGACGGCCGUGACUCCAUGGUCGAUCUCACACGUACCUUGGCUGAAAUGUCACAGAGGGGCAAGCUUUCUCCUCACGAUAUCUCCAUGGAAUUGAUUGAUGCUGAGCUUUCUGAGGGCAUCAUGGAUGAGCCUGAUCUUUUACUUACGUUUGGCCCCUACCUCGAAUUGUCGGGUUAUCCUCCUUGGCAGAUCAGAUUGACUGAGAUUUUCUGUUUGCAAGAUAAUGAGAGAGUCGGAUACCAGGUCUUUCUCAAGGCCCUGCAGCACUACGGCAGAGCCCAGAUGCGCCAUGGUAAAUAAGUGUCCUGUUGUCUGAACUUCCCUUUAUUGUUGAU